CUCUCCCAUGAGUUUCCAUAAAUCUUCCCCUCCGUAAUCAUUAUAUAGGUUUUCAAAAGUACCUGUUAAAACUUUUCAACUUUUCCGGCUUAAUUCACUUUUACAAUUCAACUUUGCAGCAAACAAACGUUAAUCCUGGUGAUUUUUUAAACCUUUUCUGAUGUAAUUUAUUGCGGGUGGAAUUCUAGUUGUUUUGUGAAUGCAAAAAGCUCCGCCUGCAGUCUAUGGCAUGAAGUCUUAAGACUUGAAGAAGAAUGUAAUCAAAGCAAGAAUGGGGUUAAUUUUGAACUGAUGAAAGUAAAUAUCCAUGGGACUAUCCGCCUCCUUAUAAGAACCGCUUUCUCCCGGUGUUUACGGUGCUGUAAAGUUAAAGUAUUUUCGUAGUCGUUGCUAAUACAUAUGUUUACAAUGCUCAGAUGUUCUAGAUUUAGACCUUAACACACCGCCUAGGGUUGAAGAUCGUUCAGUAAUGGACACUGCUACUGACGUGAAUACAAAUUUAGAGCUUGGACUGCCUCAAGUGCAAGUUAUGGCAAAUAUCGAUGUUGUAGAUGAUGAUGAUGAUGAUGUUCUGAUAUGCUCCCCAAGAAGGUUUGCGGAGGCUAAGGAAAAGGCAAGGAGGAACUGUCCUGUAAUAGAAGUGCUAGAUGAUGAAACUGAAGCACACCAAGGAUCCCCAGAAGGGUUGAUUCGUGCUGGCAGUAACAGACGAAGGAGAGAUUCAAGAAGGAAUGGUGCAAAUAUUGUGUGCAUAGAUUUGGAAGCUCCUGAAAAGUGCAAGAGCAAGGAUUAUAUUAAGCAGCCUAAAAAGGUGUUCCACCAGCAGGCAGCAGCUCAACCGCCAGCACCGCCUGCCUUAAGUUGUCCAGUUUGUAUGGCACAGCUGGUGGAAGAGACGUCAACCAAAUGUGGACAUAUUUUCUGUAAGAAAUGUAUAGUUGCUGCAAUAGCUGCCCAAGGGAAAUGCCCCACCUGUAGACGGAAUCUCAAAGCCGGAAAAGACACUUUCAGGGUCUACCUUCCGACAUCUUAUUAACAUGACAAGAUUCCAAAGUGUAAGCUUGAUCUAUCCCCUGCCCUUGGCGUUACUCACCCUCUAAUUUAGUUGAUGUAGAGGAGUAUGUGGAGUGCAUGGAGGGUAUAUUGGUCUAACCUUUCUAAUUAUGAUGAUUUAGGGGAUUGGCUUUGAUUUUCCUGUUCCUCUCUUGUAGCAAGAGUCUUUGUCCCCUCCAUGUUAGGGGUUUUGUUUCUAUUGGUGACAAUAAAAUGAGUAGUUAAUUAUGUUUUUCUAUGGGCAUUUUGACAUUUUGUAGAACCCAAACAGUGAAAGAGUAUCCUGCUAGGCUUCCUAAAGCCAAUGUGGCAUCCUUUUUUUUUUUUUUUUGAGAAAGCCAAUUUCAUACUACGUCUUGAGUUCCGUUAUGUUGUUAUCUAUAUUUGUUGUAAUCAUCUAAAAGGCUACCACAAAUCAAGUUUUGCUUGGAAAAAUUUCAUGUCCAUGAAAUUGAUGGUUCGUGCGUACCAGCUAUUUAUGAUACUCAUUACUCAUUAGCCAAA